GUUUCUUUUUACUCACCAACCUUUUUUAAAAAAUUGUAUACAUUUUUAAAUGAUUAUUAAAGUGGUUUGUAUAAAUUAACGGUAUUCUUCUCACUUAAAAUGACGGAUAGUUCAUACGAUCCCUACCAAAAUCGCAAUGUGGAGAAACCAAUCUCAAACUUUGGAGCCUUUAUAUCCCUGAUAAAAUGUGUCAUUGGGACUGGUAUUUUGGCGCUGCCCCUUGCAUUUAAAUUUUCGGGCACGCUUCUUGGCAUCCCUCUUCUGAUUCUUACGGCCAUUCUGCUCAUCCAUGGAAUACAACUGAUAGUGAUUUGCAUGGUGGAGUGCUCCCGUCGAAUGCAGAUCGGCUAUGCCACCUAUCCGGACGCGAUGGUUUACUCCUUUUCCCAGGGCCCCAAGUGCUUCAGGUACUUUUCCAAGGCCGCGGGUUACUUGGCGGAUGUGGUGCUAUGCCUUUCGCAUUACGGAAUCUGCGUCGUAUACCUAGUGUUUGUAUCCAGCAACAUAAAGUCAGUGAUGGAUCACUAUGCAUUUGAGGCGGACAUACGCUAUUAUAUUGGCAUUUUUGGACUACUAAGCUUACCCUUUUUCUGCAUCCUCCACCUGAAGUAUCUUAUACCCCUCAACUUCUUGGCCAAUAUUUUGCUAUACAUUGCAUUUGGUAUGAUUUUUCACUAUAUUUUUCAGGAUUUGCCGUCUUUUACUGAUCGUCCAUUCGUGGGCGACCCCAUGAAGCUUCCCCUAUUCUUCGGAAUCGUCCUCUUCUCCGUAUCUUCGGUGGGCGUGAUGCUGGCCGUCGAGUCCAAGAUGGCCAAGCCGCAAAAGUUCAUCGGGUGGUUUGGCAUACUCGACUUAGCCGCCUUGUUGGUCGUUGUCUCUUACGUCUUGUUUGGAGUAUUUGGUUAUUGGCACUACGGAGAUGAAGUGGCAGCAUCCUUAACACUCAACCUGCCGGACGAACCGUUGGCUCAUGCAAUCCAGGUAAUUAUUGCCAUUGACAUCUUCUUGUCGUUCCCGCUGUCCGGAUACGUUGUGAUCAAUAUAAUCAUGACCCACUGUUGGAACAAGAAUGGGGACCUAGAGAAUCCAGUUCUGAAAGAAAUCCUACUGAGGAUAUGCUUUGUGUUAGUCGGCACCCUCAAUGGAGUAGCCUUUCCGGAUUUGGGUCCCCUGCUAGCACUAACUGGAGCCUUCACCAUAUCGCUGCUAAAUCUCGUCUUUCCGGCACUUCUCGAGAUCUGUUUGUACUACCCGGAGGGAUUCAACUAUGGAAUUCUUAAGUGGAAGCUCAUCAAAGACAUUAUAAUGGUUAUUUUCGGAGUCAUCAUUCUGAUACAAGGCACUAUCGUUUCCAUCAUAGACAUUGUAGAGUACUAUGGUGCUUAAAAAAGAAACCAACCCUUUGGAAGGACUAUAAUGACAACCGUGAAACACACUCAAAAACCCCUCGAAAGGGCUUUUUCCGUUUCUGAAAAUAAAAAACGUAUAAAUAAAGUUUUAAAA